CCGCUAUGACUGCAAUAGGGGAUGUGUCGCUCUGCGUCUCUCUCACCUCUCAUUAGUGUUUCAUCAUAUACUCACGCGUUUCUUAUUUUCCGUCAAGUUCAUUCCUCCGGAAUUUCGUAUUGGAAACGCUACUUGAAAAUGUGAUUUGAUUAGCAAAAGUUAAUGACAUUUAAAAAUCUGCGUUUGUAAGUUUUUCUGCCUCAGUAUAUUUGUUAGUAAUUAUUAAUAUAAACAAUUAAAUACUAUGAAUUCCAUUCGUAAAAUGUGGGUUUUUGCGUUAGUGUUGUGUCUGGGAUUGGGCCACCGAGCGAGGUCGCAAGACAUUAUUCCAGUCUUGGACGGAGUGCCAGAGUUGAGGGAGCUGGGUGGCACCCAAGCGGUGGUGGUGCCUCAGCUGGAGCCUUCAGCACCUAGCGAAGUCUUAAGGUUCCUUAACGGCCCACCGGACAUACCUGUUGAAGCCGAGCAACAGGGCUUAGACGGGGUUGCUAGAUUCAUCAACGGACCGACAGGCACAUCCGUCGAAGUAGAACAACGCUGGCCUCACCAGGACACACGGUUUAUUAACGGACCAACAGGAAUAUCUGUUGAAGAAGAGCAACGCAUUCAAGAGCAUGACACGAGGUAUGUCAAUGGACCAACAGGUAUAUCCAUUGAAGCAGAGCAACAAAGGCAAGGUCAGGCCACAAGGAUUGCCGCUCAGGCUGAGGCCCAGCGGCCAGACCAGGACACUGGUGGCGCCGUCAUCAACAACACAGGAAGCUUGACGGAGGGUCAAGAACAAACCAGGUCAAGCAGCCGAGGUGUGUUCUCCCCUGACCCCGUGGAUGAACUCCACAUGAACAAGCAACUGCCGCCAGGUCUGCAUAUUGACACUACUGAUUGGUCAAAGGACCCAGUGCACUGGAGUUUCAAGGGCGGUGAUUGGUCGCUGGUGGACCUACCAGACCCCGGUCACCCGGAUCUCCCCGCCCCAGUGCUGCCUGGACCAGCCCUGGUGGUCGUCACUCAAGAGGUCCUCAAAAAGGUGUACGUCCAGAGGGAAGUGACCGGACUAGCCAAUGUGACUCUGCACUACAGAUUCUUCCUUAGCCAAGGAGAUGUUCUCUAUGGUGUGCCAGAGCUCAAGGUGUAUCAGGUGCUGGGAAAUACUCCGCAGCUGCUGGCCACUGAGAUGACUAGAGGCUCUUGGUCAGGACGCACACUACACCUCUCUCAGCCUCCUCCCUUUACCAUCGUUUUUGAGGGACGUCUCAACAAAGAAGGUAACGAGAUCGCUCUCGACGACGUGACCAUUAGUGGCUUCAGCCAGGAAGAACGACAAGGCCAGGACGACCCUCAGUACGACCCUCAAGGCAAAGCUCUUCUCCAGGACGCAAUUCCAGAGUUCAAUGUUACCACCAAGACGACUACUGCCGGGGAAGAAACAACAGUAGAUUCCAUAGGAAACAUACCAACGGGUGAAAUAGAACGUGGCGGAAACGACACUUUAUCUAUCGAGAAGGGAGCCCCUACAGUUUACCCCGAAACAGGCCCAGAAAAUGCGACAGACAUCCCUAAGUUGACUGAUAAGGUGUUACAGAAAACGGAAGAAGCAGCACAGAUAACUAACGGAACGUUACCACUAACUGAAGGAAAAUUAUCAGGCAUUAACAUCAAUGUAACGGAAAUUGCUACAGAUAUUUCACAAGCUACAUCAACAGCGAGAGAAGGACAGAAGGUAGACGAGAGCAACAUUGAUCCAGGAGUUAAUGUGUCAGCGACACACGACUUGCUCCAAGAUCACAAUAACUUCACUACUAGCAAAGAUCCUGAGGAGACUGAUGAGAAUCCAGUAGCUGAGAGUAUUACAGAAGCUAGCGUGUUGUUUGACGAACAUAACGGCAGAUCAUUUCUUAAUUUCACUACAGAUAAUAGCCAAGAUAGCGAAAAUAACGCUACAGACAGCGAAGUGGUUGGCGAUGAGACUAAGGAAACUAGCUUUAACGCGUCAGACAGUGAUUCACUAAAUCACUUAAAAGAAACAAAACAAAGCCCUACGACAGAUAGUGAGAAGAGCGUCGGAAUUAACGAUACAUCAUCUUUACAUUCUACUACAACGAGAGAAUUGCUUAGCGAAAGAAAAAAUAAAGAGGAACUGCUGGAAACGACCUCAUACCCUCGAAUACUUGAAGUAAUCCCGCCGAGGACUUUAACAACAACUGAAGGAUACAGCUUUGUUAACACCACAGUCCCUUGGAACUCUCAGAGCACUAAGAGCACCUCUCACUCUUCCACGAUGUUGGGAGACAGCAUAAACCCCUGGGUACCCGUCCCCAGCGAAACUCCACCACAACUGAGACCUAGUUCCUCAUCUCCUUCAGAAGACAUCAGCAGCAAAUCUCCUGGAAUGUCUGAUGAAAUGCCAGUGUCGCAGACUUCUUGGGGCAUCUUCCAGUUCUUCCUUGUUCUGUGUCUCCUUGGCCUCAUCACUCUAGGGUUUCUCUACUGGCGGAAAAAGCGGCGACUAGAAAGUAUCCCGUUGAUUUACCAGAGUCUUCAUACCAAACUGUCACAACCCUACCUCACCCCCGAGGACGACUCUAACUUCACCUCGCGCGGUGCACGAAGUAACUACAAGUCCUUCGAGUAA